GUUCGUAACUCGAGGCGGAGUUCGCAAGUAGAGGAAAUGGCACGCUUAAAAAGGCAGUUUACUGAACUAUUGUCUGACAUUGGGUUUGUGAAAGAGGGGCUCCGAGCCAGAGACAUAGAGCAGAGAUUUUCUCAAGGAGGGGAUGGUGUUCUUGAAGCUACAGGAGAAGAGGCAAAUGCAAAUGCAGAGAAUGUCAAGUUGAUAUCAGCCAUGUUAUGUGCCGCUAUGUAUCCAAACGUAGUUCAGAUAAAAGUACCAGAAAGGAAGUAUCAGAAGACUGCUAAAAUUAAUCCAAAACCUGAAGCAUUGCUGUUUACUACAAAAAACCAAGGUUAUGUUCACAUUCACCCAUCCUCUGUAAACUAUCAGACAAAGCGCUUUGAUAGCCCCUACUUGGUGUACCAUGAAAUGGUAAAAACCAGCCGGAUAUUUGUUCGAGAUUGCAGCAUGGUGUCCGUGUAUCCACUGAUCUUGUUUGGAGGAGGCCGUGUGAACAUGCAGCUCCAGAAGGGGGCGUAUGUUGUUUCCUUGGAUGAUGGGUGGAUUCACUUUGUUGCAGCCUCACGUCAGGUGGCAGAACUAGUGAAAGAACUUCGCAGUGAGCUUGACCAGUUACUCCAGGAAAAAAUUAAAAACCCCAGCAUGGAUCUGUGCACUUGCCCUCGAGGAUCUCGUAUUAUCAGCUUGAUUAUAAAACUUGUGACCACACAAUAGCAUUAGUUAGUGAGGAUGGCUUUCUUGUAAUGUAAAUAGCAGAAUGAAAUGUACCACUGGCCAUUGUACAGCUGUUUGGAAGCCUAAAGGAAAGUAAACAUCCAAUUUAAAAAGCCUGCUUUUUAAGUAGCCCAAAAUAAGCAGUUUUAGAAUCAUGAUAGAAACUGAUACAUAUUUACACAAGGAGCUUGUACAUUUAAAAUAAAAUUUAAACUUUCUUUUAAGUUAUCCUUUUGCGAAGCAAGGAAUGAGAAGCAAGCAUUCAGAAGAUAAUUCAUAAAGAGAUUCCACAAAAAUUCAAUGUCUAAUGAGUCUUCUCUCAAUACUUUUUCUGUCCAAUAAAGGAUUAACUCUGUGACAAUCUGGCAGUAUAUUAAUUUGUCCUUGCCCUUCCCAAAAAGGAAGUGCAUGAAACUUACCAUAGCUAUGGUUUUUACAUUAUUCUGUGUCCUAAAAUAAAUCCUCUCCAGUUUCAGUAAAUUUGCAUCUGUUUUCAUUGACUCAAAUAGUCACUGUAGGAUGCUAGAAUUCAAAUAUGGUGGUACAAGUUAUGGAAUAAUUUUAGCAUAAAAUUGGCCUGGGCUUGCAAGACCACAUUCAUUACUUUUUCUCAAAGCCAAUAGAUAUACAGUAUUACAGCCUGAUGAUGUAGGCUGUAUACAUUAUAUAAAUAUUGUAAUAAAUAAAGGAAUUCUCAAAGCCAAUAGCUGUCAUUCUUUUUUUUCAAGAAAGUAUUUUGUGUUUGAAACUGCUCAAAGCACUGUUGUCUGAUUUGUGGAAGGUGGUAGGGUUUUUUUUAAGAAGGAAGUGUUGCCAAAAUGAUGAUGAAAGGAUUAAUGUUACAUCCAUUAUUAUCCAUGCUACCUCCUGAAUUUUUGAGCAUGAUUCUAUCCAGGACAGAAAAGCGGCUGAGAAAUUUAAGUAUGAUAAGACUUAUUUUAUGAUCAACUCUAUCUGGGAGCUUAGUAUUAA